AUGGCGGGUUUUUGCCUCUGAGGAGCGAUAUAUGUGGCUACCUCCAUUGCUGUGAACUCGUUGGCGGCAUAACUUAACUUGAUCUCGGUGUUUCGAGCCAGCUAGGUUCAUCGUCGCUCGAAGAUUGGAAGAUUGGACGUGCCCGUAUGUUGCGCCGAACGGCCGCUUACCGCAGUUGUAAGCGUAAUGCGAUGAGCUAGCACCGCGAGUGUUGAGUGAUUUUAGAUUACGACUCUGCUGGAAGUGUGCGUGGCACUUUGCUACUACACCGAGAAAGCCAGAGACGCAAGAAUGCCCGUCUGCGAAGCUUGGAACUGCGAGAACGACAGCGAUCACUGCCCUGGCACGACUUUCCACAAGUUUCCACUGGACUCUCCACUGCUCCUGAAGGCAUGGGUGCACAAUGUGAACCUGCCGGAACCUUGGGAACCGACCGCGGACUCCGUUCUCUGCUCGGACCACUUCCUGGAGCGCAGCUUCGUGCGCACGAGCAACACCGCCAGGCUGCGACCCGACGCCGUGCCAACCAUCUUUGCCUACCCGGACGAUAGGCAGCAGGACGUCGUGGAGAUUGUGUUGGACAGCUCCGGCGGACCGGCCAAGACCAGCGAGGGCAGUGAGUCGUCGUCUCUGGAUCACUGCUACGGCACACCCCUGUCCACCACGCCAGCGACCCCGACAACGGCGGCACGGGAGACCACCGCAACGCGUAGGGUGCGGCUACCCGAGGAAGGAGACACGCUCCGCAAGAAGCUCAAGCUGUCGAGGCAGCGGGUGCGCCGGCUUGAAGAACGCGUGUCCAUGCUGAACGACAUGGUCUACUCCCUGCUCAACCAGACCAUCAUGGAGAUGUAGACCGUACGGAAAUUAGGGUUCUGCUCGAGUCGGCGCCGGAAGUUGGAGUACCACUGCUCCAGCGCCCGCAUGGGGAAGAAGCUUUCGCCCGGAUGCGUGGGCACCGCGACGGAGCCGCCGUAGGAGGCCAGGUGGUUGAACAAGCUCUCCGCCAUCUUGGUGCAGAACUCGGUGUGCGAGUCAACGGUCGUCGCGUCCGCCGGAGAAGACGCCUGGAACUGGAUCUGGGCCAGCGGCUCGACCGAGAUACCCAGCUGGGCCACGCUGCUGAAGCCGUGCGCCGAGAAUGCGUGCAUCUCCGAACACUCUGCAAACGUGCACAUAUUGUUCAACUCAAUGCUCGCUCGACAGCAUGUACAACAAGCGGGAGGGGAUAUGCUCGACUGUGUCCCCCACGUUCCUCCCUCCUCUCUCUCUCCGAAUAUGUAAAUUUUGUGGAACAUCACACAUCUUUGCCAUGAGCACAUACAGCAAAACGUUUCCUGGAUGUGACUUGUGCCGAUGGUCUUAUGGCGUCGUGACGAGCCCUCCAUGCCGCAUGUGCUAAGCCUACGUUCGCUGAAGAACUGCUGUGAAGUUACAGUGCCACUUGCGGAACACUGACUGGCUUGGCUUUGUAUGUUUCGCCGUCCCGCCAAAAACUUGGUGUGACACGUCUGCGUGGCACGGACACACCGGAGACCAAUUAUGCUUCUGCACACGUGCCACAUAGGCUGCUAUUAAAAACGCAGUACUACUACCCUCGAAA